AUGUCGUGGCCAGAGCUACCUGCUCGUGCAGGGUAUCUUGCUCUGAGGAACGGACGCCACCGCAAUGCACUGUCCCUGGCGGUGCUGAGGAAUCUUCGAGAUCAGCUUCAUGCUUAUAACACGUCACCUGCCGAUGGACAAGUACGGAUUCUUCCCCCAUUUAAGCCAAAGAUCCUGGAAGAGCUCAAAGUUGCAGAACGAGAUCGUGGAUCUGCUGCAAGCGACAAGUACGGGUGGCUUGUGGACUCGCAGAAAUGGAAAGAGCAUCGACAUGGACUCCCUAACGUUGUGGUUCUACGGAGCGAGGGACCGGUCUUUUCAUCUGGGCAUGACCUUAAGGAAUUACGGACCCUCAGCCACGACGAGGUCAAGGAGACAUUCGCUCUUUGCGCCGAAGUCAUGUCAUUGAUUAGAAGAUCACCGGCGCCUGUUGUCGGCGUCAUUCAGGGUCUAGCCACUGCAGCAGGAGCACAGUUGGCCUUGACCACGGAUUUGCCGGUGACUUGUGCAUCGACCCAGUUUCGACUCCCCGGUGCAUCAAUAGGGCUUCCAUGCACAUCACCCGCUACGGCAGUUUCCAGAAGACUGGGAGGAGCAUUUACAUAUCGAAUGCUAGCACUAGCAGAACUACACCGGGCAGAUCAAUUGCCCGGUGGAGCGGUCGAAUUGGUGUCGGACGAAGCUAGCCUGGAGAAAAGAGUGGCAGAGAUAGUGUCUCAGCUGGCAAGCAAUUCCGCCGGUCAGCCUCAGGCAUUAGGGAAAUGGGCCUACUGGACUCAAUUGGGUCUCAAUGGUCGGGAAUCCGGUGGCGACGGAUACGAAGAUGCUGUCUCGUGGGCAGGGAACGUCAUGGCGUUGCAUGCAAAAGCUGACGAUGCAAAAGAAGGGAUCUCGUCGUUUUUUGAGAAGAGACCUCCUUCAUGGAAGACAUGA